GCCAUUGAUGAUGAUGAUUGCCUGAUUGGCGCUUGCAAGUGCCAUGAAGAACGGGCACGUACCGGUAGUCCAGCAGCCAGCACUAUAUAUACGGGUCCUAGCUUAGGUGACCCUACCUCAGCACAGCAAGUGUAGUCUCUCGGUUGUGUGCGAGCAGUGACACGGCUGACGACGACAUGGCGAAGCUGCACCUGCUGGCCCUGUGCGCCUUCUUCUUCCUCCUAGGAGGGUCAGUGGCGGCAGCUCAGUGGACACCCGCCUUCGCCACGUUCUACGGCGGCAGCGACGCGUCGGGUACCAUGGGCGGCGCGUGCGGGUACGGCAACCUGUACGACGCCGGGUACGGCACGCGCUCGACGGCGCUGAGCACGGCGCUGUUCAACAACGGCGCCAUGUGCGGCGCGUGCUUCGCCAUCGCCUGCGACGCGGGGCGGUCCCAGUGGUGCAAGCCGGGCGCCGCCUCCGUCACGGUCACGGCCACCAACCUGUGCCCGCCCAACUGGGCGCUCCCGGGCGACGCCGGCGGCUGGUGCAACCCGCCGCGCCGCCACUUCGACAUGUCGCAGCCGGCGUGGGAGGCCAUCGCCGUGUACCGCGCCGGGAUCGUGCCCGUCAACUACCGCCGCGUCCCGUGCCGCAGGGCCGGCGGCGUCAGGUUCACCGUCCAGGGGCGCAGCUACUUCGAGCUGGUCACCGUCGCCAACGUGGGCGGCAGCGGCGUGGUGGCGCAGGCGUGGGUCAAGGGCUCCGCCACGGGAUGGAUGGCCAUGAGCCGCAACUGGGGCGCCAACUGGCAGAGCAACGCCUACCUCAACGGCCAGGGCCUCUCGUUCCGCCUCAGGGCCGACGACGGCCGCGUCGUCACGGCGUAUAACGUCGCGCCCGCCGGCUGGUGGUUCGGCGCCACCUACACAUCCAAUGUCCAGUUCUAUUGACCGCCGGCCUGUUGCCGAGAAUGGCGCGCGUUCCAUCGACAUCUCUAAUUCUCUACGCUACUAUGCUAGUGGUUUUCAAUUUCUUGCAUGUGUCUCUCUUUUCUCUCUCUUUCUCUUUGACAAUUUGUUCUGCUCUUUACCAGUUCACAAGUUGUUAUUUGGUAGAGACGACGUGGCUUAGGAUCAAAAGCCGCCCAC